UUAUUCAACGCAAAACCCCGACCCGAAAAAAAAAUUUUGAAAGACCGAACCCCGACUUUUUUCUCCAUCCCUGCUCCAAACUCUAAUUAUGAUCUUCUUUCUAUUUAUCUCGUCUUUCUAUAUCCCCUUAUUUAUUUUCUUAUUCCUUUUUAUUUUUUAAAGAUCCCCAAUGUUCUUAAUAUUAACAAAACCAGCCGUGUUUUUAAACUAAACUAAAUACACUAUAAUCUCGCCUCUUGCUAUCAACCCUUCACGUUAUUUUUCACUCUCACUUUUACUCAUUUCCCAAAAAAAAAUAUUUUUAAAAAAUAAAAAAUGGUUGUUGUGCCAAGCCCUUCCUCUGCAGCAAUAAUCCAUUCAGAACCCCCUAGGCAAUAUCCGAUUAUUCGUACUCGCUCCCUCGGAGAUGUUUAUCAUUCAAAUAAUUUGUAUAAUCAGUCACAAUUUGCUGCUACAACAAUACCUAUCGGAAUGGCUUCUAAACCAAUAAAUAUUCACAACCCUUAUUGGACAUACCAAGCAUAUUGGCCUUAUCGUUAUUUUCGCAAUUACAGAAAUUAUGAAAAUUAUAUAACCGAUUCAUUUUAUUGGCACUAUCCUUUCCGCCUAUGGAAUUCUUACAGAGGGAAUUGGUAUCAUUACGACUCUCCCUAUUUUUAUCGUAGAUAUCAUGAUUAUUACAAUGUUUAUUACAAUUCUGAAUUGAUGUCUUAUGGCAAUCGCUCAAAGCUGAUAGAAAAUCUCUUCCAAGAGACACCAAUAACUCAAUAA